AUGACCGUGGGUCAAGUGAGGAAUUGGUCAGCCGAUUUAGGUGGAAUAUGGCUCGUUUAUUUAGCAAGUAAAUUGGGGAACACGUGGGAUAGUGGAAGACUUGGAGGGCCUGAACCAACAUCCAUUUCAUCGUCUUCUUCACGCCCAAAUAAUACUCAUGUUUUUACGUAUGACGUGUUUCUUAGCUUCAGAGGCGAAGAUACUCGUCAUACUUUUACGGAUCAUCUCUAUGAAGCGUUACUCGGAGCAGGACUUCGUACUUUUAGAGACAAUGAUGCAAUCGACAGAGGUCAAGAACUCAAGCCUGAAAUCGAGACCGCAAUCAUCAACUCUAGAGCUUCAAUAGUUGUACUGUCGGAGAACUAUGCAAAUUCCAGAUGGUGCCUUGAUGAGCUUUGUUUGAUCCUGGAGCAAAGGAGGGAGAUCAAUCAUUUCGUUAUACCUGUAUUUUAUCAUGUGGAUCCAGCAGAUGUCAGGAAGCAAAGAGGAAGUUUCGCUAUUCGAAGGUCACGAUGCUUUUCAAGUUGUUUGGCAUGUUCGUGCAUGAACACAAAAGAAGGGUCAAAAUGGACAGAGGAUAAUGUGAGGAGGUGGAAGGCAGCACUAACAGAGUUUGCUAAUUUGACUGGCAUGGUUCUUUCAGGUUCCAGAUCCGAGACAAACUUCAUCGCAGAGGUGGUUGAGACAACUACGCGUAAACUAGAUUUAAAACAACUUAGUAUCCCCACCCAUUUAGUUGGAAUGGAGGCUCGAGUUGAAGUAAUUAAUUCGUGGUUGUAUGAUGAUCAACAUAGUGUCAUAGCAAUUUGUGGCAUGGGAGGUAGUGGAAAGACAACACUCGCCCAACACAUUUAUAACUUACACAAGCAAGAUUUUAAAUCUAGCAGUUUUAUUGAAGUGAAUGGAAAACAACCUUAUGGUUUGCUUGGGCUACAAAACCAACUUCUCAAAGAUGUUUUGGGUGGAAAGGGAGUAAAUGUAUCAAGUGUUUUUGAGGGUACAAGUAAGAUUGAGGUGGUAUUACAGACCAAAAGAGUGCUUAUAGUCCUUGAUGACAUUGAUCAACAUGAACAAUUAAGCGCGUUGCUUGGAACAAAGGCGAUUCCUACACAAAGUAAGAUUAUCAUAACAACAAGGUUUCUAGGCAUACAUGCAUGGUUUGGGUCCAUAUCUAGGAGUUGCUUGGUACACAAACUCAAUUUGUUGAAUGAUCAUGAAUCAUUAGAGCUCCUAAGCUCACAUGCAUUUGGAUCCAAAAUUCCUAUUGAAGGUUUCAAGGAACUUGCAGUACAACUAGCAAAAUAUUGUGGAGGAAAUCCGUUGGCUCUUAAAGUAUUAGGUUCUUCACUAUACGUUAGUGAUAAUGAGCCAUGGAUGAAAAAUAACAUGAGAGAAGUUUGGGAAAGUAGGUUGAACUCACUAAACUCAUUAAAAGGAGAUCUUGAUUGUAACAUCCAAAGUGUACUACAAAAGAGCUUUGACUCCUUGCCACUUCGGAGUCAUAAAGAGUUGUUUCUUCAUAUUGCUUGUAUCUUUGUGGGUGAAUAUUUAGAUGUUGUAAAAUUCAUUUUGGAGGAUGAAUUGAAUGCGAAGUCUGGGAUCUUGACCCUUGUUAACAGAUGCCUUCUUACCAUUUCACAUGACAGACUGACAAUGCAUCAACUACUUCAAGAAAUGGGAAGAAAGGUAGUUUGUGAUGAGUCCAAAGAUCCUGCAAAACGUAGUAGAGUCUGGCGUGAUGUUGAGUCUUAUCAUGUGCUGAGAAAAGGAAUUGGUUCAAAUACAAUUGAAGGCCUAUCUCUAGACAUGCGAAAGGUUGAGCAAGGGAUGAGAUCAGAGACAUCAACCCUUGACACAAGUUCCCUAGCAAAGAUGGACAAAUUAAAAUUGCUCCAUCUCAAAUACGUGGAACUCACUGGGUCCUACGAGAACUUUCCAGAGUUAAUAUGGUUGUGUUGGCAUAGAUGUCGUUUGAAAACAUUGCCCUCGACGUUAUCAAUGAGCACCUUGGUGGUUAUAGUUAUGAGUGAUGGACACUUGGAAAAGUUUGAAGUACCCAUGGUUCUUAAUUCGCUCAAGUAUUUAAGUUUUAAAGGUUGUGACAAACUUGUCCGCAUCUGCAAUCUCUACCGACUCCCUAAACUUGACACUUUGAUCCUCUGGAACUGUAGCAGUCUGACUCAUCUUUGUAAAUCCGUAGGAGUCCUUGAGAAUUUAUCUUGGUUGGACAUGGGAGGGUGCACUAAAAUGUGGAAGUAUGUAAACCAACCGGAAACAAUGAUGCUUUCUUUACCCCAAUCUAAUAUAUUGUUGGAUUUCACAAACUGUGACCUGGAUAACGAUGAUUUUUGUGUGACAUUCCAUGCCCGAUCAUUGUUUGACUUGUGUUUAGCAGCCAAUCCAUUUGAGUACCUGCCUAGCAACAUUGACCUUAAAAUGCUUCGCAAACUCAACUUGUAUUGUUGUACAAACCUGAAGUCUCUCCCAUGUAUCCCAAGUACGCUUGUGGAUUUGAAUAUAGAUUGGUGUACAUCUCUCCAGAGAGUAACAUUCGAAUCAGGUCAUUUCGGUCUGCAGGAGUUUGCUUAUGAAUGUUGUUUCAAAUUGUCUGAAAUUCAAGGCCUUUUCAAAUUAGUGCCCAUAGCAAAAAUUAAUGAAGAAGAUCUGGGUCACAUGCAAUGGAUCAAAGCAUAUGAAGAUCAUAAGGUGGACCUAGUCGGUGAUGAUAUUACUAAAGGCAGAAUAUGGCAUACCCAGAUGCUGUAUGAAUAUGGUAUAAUGAGCACCUUUCUGCAAGGCAUAAAUGAUCAAAUUCUGACGACAUACGAGUAUACUUCAUCAUCCAGUUCGUUAUCCUUUCGUGUGCCUUGUCAUCAUGAGAAAAACAGGAUCCAAGGGUUAAAUUUAAGUUGCUUAUACAGAUCGUCCGGAUCAAAGGAUAAAGGUAUGUGGAUUUUGUUUGCCAAAAUCAGCAACAGAAGCAAGGAUCUUACUUGGAUAUACAACCCUGUGGUGUAUUGCAAACCCAAAAUUGAUGAGGAUGCUGCGUGGGUAAGCUAUUGGCCACUUGGUAACAUAUUAGAUGCCAGAGAUGAAGUCGAUGUGGAUAUAUAUGUGGAGGAAGGAACAAUGAUAGUAAGUGGUUGCGGUGCCAGCCUUGUGUAUAUGGAUGGUGAGGUCGAUGAAGAAGCGAAGUGUCAGAAUGACUCGAUGAAAGAGAAAGAAGUGAUUGGAGGAGAUCUGUCUGAAUUCAUGGUAACCUCAGGAGGCUACUAUCUUUGCCGCCGUGAUUUCUUUGGUCCGAAGACCUUUUAUUGGUUAGAAUGGAUGUUUGGUGACGACGUUCAUUAUAAAGAUUCACAAGGAUGGAGAAAAACUUAUCAGUCAAUGCGAUCUAAGGUGCAAAGAGAGCAUGUAAUCUCCUUUCGGAAAACAAUUGAGCUGGGAGUUGGCUUCAAUAGUGAAACUGAAAUCGAUAACAUAGAGAAGGCGGUAUAUAGCCUUGUGGGCAUUGAAUCUGUUUCGUCUCGUAAAGAAAUGGGAAAACUAAUUGUCAACGGAUAUGUUGAUCCAGUAGAAGUGGCAACCUGUGUGAGGGAAUUUGACAACAUGGUGGAGAUCUUAUCUGUUAAACUAGUACUUGAUAAGAUAGAAUAACUUUUUUAUCCGUUUUAGAGUUGCGAAUAGGGUUUGAUAUAGACACCGGGCAUACCCUUUUAAUCCGUUUUAGUUAGUGUCCACAAGAGACCAAUUGAAUCAUCACAAUGCCAAUAACUCCAAGAUCAACUGGUUUAGGAGGAAAUACCCAUGACCUUCCAAUGUGGGAAGGUCAUGGGUUCGAGGGGUUUUGCCACAACGGGUCUUAGGGCGGUGGGUUUCCCCUAGAAUGGUGGGCGGGCAGGGUCAUGAGCGAUGUCUAUGUUUGCAGGGGCGUGGGUGUCCUUUCGCCAAAGUGUUAACCCAGGUAACGGGCUUGUAUAGUAUUCGUUUUUACCCAAUUUCCUGCUUUUAUUUAUUUCCAUUUCAAAUGUAAAACAAGUGAACUGUUAAUUUCAAAAAUCCAUGUUUUGUUUUGGCUGAGCAUUUCCGGUCUCAGUCGAAAUGUUCUAGACACUAUUUCUAUCAUCAAUGAUUCAAUGUAU